UUAGUUUAGCGUAUACGAAACACUUGGCUGCUUUGUGGUCUCACGGAUGUGUACGAUGUACUUUAUCGUAGGAUUUAAUGCAUUUCUAUGAGACAUCGGGAUUAUCGUAAGGUUGUGUCGAAGGUCUGCCACGACCGAACACACGCGCGAAGCGAGGACGCACGGACUGAGGCCCGCCGUGUGUUUUAUUGUACGCCGAAUGCCCAGAAGCAGUCGGUAACGUCAUCGUUCUUCAAUUACCCUUCAGCCCCCUUUUCACGUAUUGGAUACGUUCGGAGAGACGCUGUAUUUAGCGCUACCGUGUCAUUCUAGCCUUGUUCUACGUGUCAAGAGUAAUAAAGAUAGAAUGACGUAGCGUUAAAUAGCGUGGAUCGACACUAAGAAUUUAAGCUCUAAGCCUUAAAAAAUUGACCAAUCACAGUCGACUAUUCUCUUCGUAUUCGAUCGUGAUUGGUGAAUCUGUCAGAGUUUAGAGCUUAAAGUACCCAUUGUAGACCGGAACUUACGGGUCUAUUUUCUGCUCAACAUUUUUCCUUUUUUCCCACUAAAUCUCAAAAAAGAGAUAAAAAGAGAACUGAUACAAAUCAGUGUAGGAACAGAAAAAAUAGACUAUAUCAAUGACUUGUUCAGAAUCGAUUCGGAUCGGGGCGAUUGAUUAUGUAAUUUCACUUCGCACUUUCGAAUCUUGUGCGAGUCGCUGACGAGCGUAGUUGUGUUUGUUAGGUGGUCUGCGCACGUGUCACGGAUCCUUGGUUCGAUUGAACCCACUUAUUUUUGACAAAGUUGUUGUUGCCUUGACAGAACGCAAAUUUAGAACCCUAUCUUUUUCCGUAUAUUCGUUAUUCCCGCUAAUUCCUGGAACCAUUAUUGAGAGACACACGCUUUUAUAUUUUCUAUAUGUACAUCGGGAGGGUCCCGUUAGCGUGAUAGCGCACAUCGGCCGGUGCCUUUCCGCUGGACCGCCAAUUAGAAAAUUUUAUAUUAAAUUAGCCAAUCACCUAUGUGGGCUAUCGGAGUCCUCCCUGCUCAACUGGUGCAGUGAAAAAGAACAGACCAUAUAUAAUAUGUAAAUUUUUUGAACCAGUGCAGCCAUUAUUGAGAAAGAAACGUGCCACAAAUCUCUAUUAUGUCUGUGCUGAGGUAGCUAAACUAAAUAAUUACCAUCCCGCUACGGGGCGCCAUUUUCGAAUGAAAAAUCGAAGUAGUAGUAAGUCAACUCAGCAGCGAGUCAAACGAUGUGUAAGUUAAGUGAAAAUUUGCUAUCUUUUUCAAAAACCGGCCACGUUCUAAGAUAUGUAAAUUAAAAGGGAGAGUUCAUACAUUCAAAUAAUGUAAGCGUCAUUCAUGUGUGAUAUUUUGUACACAUGCUGCACAACUUCACAAAUUUCGUCACAAAUUUUGGUCUCUGACGGAUCUCGAUUUACAAUUAUAUAACAACGUAGGAAAUAAACUUCAUAUUGGACAAUAUAACUUAAAAUUAAAAACUUCACUUAAAUUUGCCUCUGCUUUUGUCGGAAAAAACAGAGCUUAUUAAAUUUUACUUAUUUUUUCCCGGAAAAAAAAAUAUAUAUUGAAAUUUACCCAUAUAUGACAUUAUAUUCCUAUUUGCCACUGUCUUAUCUGUGGAAUUCUGCUCCGAGACAGUCAGUCAUCUGUGAUCGAGACGAACGGAUAAAAACGGUGAUCAUUUCAGACCAAUUCUGUUUCAAGACAGUCAGUAGUUAUUUGUCGACGAUCACGAACGGGUGAAGACAGCGAGUCCGGUGAAUUUUGAAGCACGGUUUAGCCCUUCCUCUAAUUCGACAAGAUAAUCCGAAGAAGAUGGCAGCGUACGUGUGUGUCGAAGACUACGAGAGAUACGCUCUGAAGCAUCUACCUCCUUUUGUGAGGGAUUACUACAAAAGCGGCGCGGGGUCGGAGUACAGUGUAAAAUUGAACAAGGAGGCAUUCAACAAAUAUAGAAUACGUCCCAGAUUUUUGCGGGACGUGUCCGAAAGGGACAUAAGCACGACGGUGUUGGGUCAGAAAGUUUCGAUGCCCCUGGGAGUCGCACCCACCGCGAUGCAACGCAUGGCUCACCCCCAUGGAGAAUGCGCUAACGCAAGGGCCGCUCAGGCAGCAGGAACGAUCUUUAUACUGUCGACGAUAUCGACGAGCAGCAUAGAAGAAGUGGCGAAAGCGGCGCCGACUGGCAUCAAAUGGUUCCAGCUUUACGUUUAUCGCGACAGGAACGUUACGUUAAAUUUAAUCAAGCGCGCCGAACGUUCCGGGUUCAAAGCAUUAGUUCUCACCGUCGACGCGCCUCUGUUUGGUGACAGACGCGCCGAUGUAAGAAAUAACUUCAUGUUGCCGAGCCAUCUGAGAUAUGCAAAUUUCGAAGGUGACUUGUCGCAACGGAUAACUUCCGUCGUGAAGAGCGACUCAAACCUUAACGAAUAUGUCACCGAGCUGUUCGACUCUUCCCUCACUUGGGAAGAUAUAACAUGGUUGAAAAGUAUCACAAAGCUGCCGAUAAUUCUCAAGGGAAUUCUGACGAUAGAAGAUGCACGUUUGGCCGUGGAAAACGGGGCUAACGGUAUUAUCGUGUCAAAUCAUGGUGCACGCCAGAUAGACACUGUCCCAGCCACGAUUGAAGCUUUGCCAGAAAUCAGUAGAGGAGUGGGGGACAAGAUCGAAGUCUACAUGGACGGAGGGGUGACGCAGGGUAUCGACGUGUUUAAAGCCUUGGCACUUGGUGCAAAAAUGGUAUUCUUUGGCAGACCGAUGCUGUGGGGUUUGACGUACGAUGGCGAGAGAGGCGCCAACGAGGUUCUCAAACUUAUGAGAAAAGAAAUCGACUUGACUUUUGCAUUGAGUGGUUGCGCAUCUAUAAAAGAUGUUACACCAGAUAUGGUGGUUCACGAGUCGUUUUAUUAUCGUCUGUGAAAAUAUAUUUUACUCGAUGUAGAAUUAACACAGUACUAUUUAUGUUAGUAACUAUUAUUAGCAACCCCUAUGAAUUUAUGAACAUUCAUUUUUUUAUUUUUACCUGAAAUAUAAACAUCUACGUUCACAC